UUUUUCGGAGAAAUAAAAACGACGGUUAUUUUUCUGCUAAAGUACGGCUUAUUUCUGUAUAUAAAGGGACAUUAUAGUUGCCUCUACCAUCCAGACAAAAUGAGAGGUUCAAAACAUAGCCACGCUGUGGUAUUAUUUUGUAUUACCCUGGCUUUUGCAGACUCAAGCAAUCAAAACUUUAUACAGAAUCUUCAAAGGAAUGUGGGUGAAUACGGAACAUCUCACUUCUCUUGGAAUAUUCAAAACCUCGACCAUGCUAACUACCAAUCACUGAGAGCGAUAGAAGACGAUAACGACAGGGAAUUCCGAGCAUUCUUGCUCAAUCACAGCCCUAAAGUCAAAAAUUUACUAGCCAGGGAACAUGUCACUAUGGAGAGGAACAUAACAAAUGGUGAACAUGAAGACAAAACGCAUAAAACGCAUCAGAGAAAAUUAAGAAAAAGGGACGCAGCACUACCACAAAGGAUGGCCAUUCUUAUAGCAAAAGCACAACCUCGAAAAAUUAUUCGGAGUCUUCAGAAGAGGGAAGCGGAUAACACUACGCAAAUGAUGAUAUAUAACAUAGAUCCGUGGUUUUCAAUAGCAGAUUUGAUGUCUCUUAGGUUCCCAAAGAAAUACGAUGAUUACUUCAACAGCUGGAGUCAGAGUAUUGUUCUGUUUGGUAACAGCGAAAUACACAGAGAAGAAUUCAAACACAAUUUCAAUCGCCUACCUCUGCAAAUAAUGCUGGAACUGUUGUCGUUAACAGACAAAUUUCAACACAUAUUCUGGCCUUUUAAUUUUGACCAAGCAUUUAUGAAUCAAAGAUUAGCCUUAUUAGGAAUGUCUGGAUUAUCAAUAAAUGGACAUAAACAGAAAGAGAGGUUUUACGCUGAACUCGAGAAACAUCAAACAAUCAAAGUACCGGUAGAAGAGGAGAGAGUGGUUUUAAGUUUCGAUCAUCCUGACUUGGUUGAAGGUCUCAAUCGCUCUGGGCUACUGGAAAUGAGUAAAGAAUAUGUAGAAGCUGGAAACCAUUUAUAUACAUUAAAAGAACAAGAACAUAUUACGUCCAAAGUCCAGGCAGCCAUGGAUUUGAUCAAUUCUACAAAUCCAGAGCUGUACCGCGCUAUCCACCAAGUUAUCGGAUGCAUAGCUUUCUACAAGGCAGAGCAACCCGAAUCGGUUGGUGGAACCAUCAGUUCAGCUCUUGGGGUUAUCUGGCAAGACCCUAGUGUCUAUCCAGACCAUUCUGUGGCCAACUAUGCUGAACAGAUAGUUCAUGAGUUCAUCCAUUCGUCCCUUUUUCUCGCAGAUAUGGUACACGGGACCUACAUCGACCGCAGUUUGCUCACCAAGUCUAAGGUUUACUCGCCUGUACGUAAGGAACUGCGGGACUUUGACAAAACGUUCCAUGCCUCAUAUGUUACAACAGGCGUUACCAUAUUUCAAUCACGAGCGGGCAAUGUGGGGGACGCUCAGACAUACGCGGGAACAUUACGUGCCGCUGUGGACGGUUUGAUUGCAAUUCAGAACAAGGCUGGCGUACUAAAUGCGUCUGGGGCGGCCAUGUUACAGGCCAUGGACGAUGUGCUGACUUUGAUCAGAAUGGAAUAGAUAUAUUUCUUAUGCCAUUAAUAUGUACAUAUGUAUAUAUUUAGUAUAUUUUUUAUCCUUGAAUAUUUAUAUGAAAAAGUACAUGGUAUCAUUAGCCGAUGACAAAUUUCUUGUAAAUAGUGCCUUAUAUGUGGAGCGGUAUUGGGUUCAAAAAUAAAAUUGACAAUUUGUUAACAUUUGUAUGCUUGAUAUAUAAUCUCUUACAAUACAUAUUAUUCAUGCAUUGUUUAAUUCGUUGAAAUAAAGUGCUUUAUCGUUA